AUGAGUGACAACGUCCCAACAUGCUUCAACUGUCAGAAUAAGCUAGUUUUGGAUGAGAGUGUUUUUGAAUGCCUCGAGGACGAGCAGAAUCCGUUUUUAGUUGAUGAUGAUCCAUCGCUUUGCUUUCAAGAAGGUCCCUCAGCAAUGACAGGGAAUCUGUUUGAUAUAAUAUGUAAUUCAAAUUCAGCUUUAAAGGGACCGAUGUGUGAGGAUUGUACAGAGCAGCUACUUUCGGGGAUGGACCAGCAUUUAAAAGAACUAGACGAAGAAUGUGCACAGUACCGUGAGCUACUUGAUUACUUGAAAGAAGGGAGUGAUGCUCGCUUAAUGGAUAGAAAUAUUGUAGCUGCAAAACUUGCUGCUAUGAAGAAUGAAGAAGCUUCUUUGAUAGGAGAAUCAAGAAAAUUGGAGGCUGAAGAGGCAAAAUUGGAUGCGGAAUUAAAAAAAAAAAAAAGUGAAUUAUAUGCUGAAAAUGAAUCUGCGGAAUUGCUAUGGAGAGUAUUUCGUGACAACCACAGGCAGUUGAUCAGAAUGGAAAUGAAGGAGCAAGAUCUGGAAGCCGAGGUGCAUUGUUUGAAAAGUCAACGUGAUAGACUGUCAAAAAUCAAUGUAUUAAAUACAGCAUUUCAUAUUUGGAAGCAAGGAAGCUUCGGUACAAUUAAUGGUUUUCGUCUUGGUCAAUUGCCACAUUCUCAAGUUGAAUGGAGCGAAAUCAAUGCUGCAUGGGGACAAUUGGCUUUGCUGAUUAAUACGUUAGCAGAUUGUCUUGAUAUUGAAUUCACGUUGUAUCGAAUUGUGCCAGUUGGCAGUCAUUCAUUUGUCCAGUGUUUGGAUACCGGCGCUGAAUUACCGCUUUUUGGUAGUGGAGGUUUUAAACCGUUUGGUCAAAAGAAAUUCGAUGAAGGCAUUUGUGCUUUUAUGGAAUGUUUCUGUCAAUUGCAGAGAAAUAUUGAACGUGCUCAGUUUCGGUUCCCUCACCGAAUGUACAGAGAACAUAUCGAAGACAAUAAAAUGGAGUAUUCUGUUAAAAUGCAGUUCAAUGCCGAAGAAAGGUGGACGAAGGCAAUGAAAUGUCUUCUGAUCAAUUUUCGUUGGGCGAUUUCCUAUGUUGUGCAUUCCAAAAUAUUGCGAACUGAAACAGCUUUCUCAUAA